AUGUCUCAAGAUUCCUGUACUGUUGGUCUUGGUCCUCAGUCUGGCAACUACCAUGUGGAAAUUCGAAACCACUUGAGCCAUGACACCAUUUUGAAGGUGCGCUGCAAGUCUGGUGGUGGAGAUCUGGGUGACCAUUGGAUUGUAAAUGGGCAGCGUUUCACUGUUGGUUUCCACAAUGACAAAUGUGUCUCGACCGAAUACUGGUGCAAGCUAAGUUGGGGUUCCAAAUCCAGCCAUGGCGGCAACUAUCGCUUCUUCAGCUGUGAAGAAUCGUUUCUCAAGUUCUGUAAUUUCCAGGACUGCAGUUGGAAGGUUAGGGAUGAUGGGAUAUAUUUGCAUGACAUGCAUGGACUAAAAGAUGUGAAAUAUUAUGACUGGGAGAGCUAA